AUGCAAAAUGCAAAUGCCGAGUGUGUUGGCCCUGAGAGCCCAGAGGCCGGAACUGCUGCCUCUUGCCAAGGAUGCCCAAACGCAUCCAUAUGUGCCUCUGCACCUAAAGGACCCGAUCCGGAUAUUGAAUUGAUUAAACAGCGUCUUUCAGGUGUCAAGAAAAAGGUGAUGAUCAUCAGUGGAAAGGGUGGUGUUGGAAAAAGUACACUUACGAAGGAGCUUGCUUUUUUCCUCGGAAAAAGGGGGUUGAACGUAGGAGUAGUGGACCUGGAUAUUUGUGGACCUUCGCUUCCACGCCUAACGGGUGUUCGGGGGGAGGAUGCGCAUCAAAGCGCUGCUGGCAUCGAACCUGUUCUAAUCGAUGAAACGGUUUCUAUGAUGUCUAUGCACUAUCUACUGGGAGAGAAAAACGAAGCCGUUCUCUUUCGAGGCCCUCGAAAGAAUGGUGUCAUUAAGAUGUUUCUAAAAGACGUAAUUUGGGGCGACCUUGACAUUAUGCUUAUUGACACUCCUCCUGGAACUUCAGAUGAACACAUCACUGCAGCAUCACUUUUGCAGCAGUGUGAUGGCGUUAGCGGUGCCGUCCUAAUUACCACACCCCAGUUGAUCUCAGAAGCUGACGUAAGGCGAGAGGUAAACUUUUGUCAGAAGGCAAAGCUGCCGGUACUGGGAAUUGUGGAAAAUAUGAGUGGCUUCGUAUGCCCCAACUGUGGCGGAAGUUCCGUCAUCUUUCCCCGUGCCAACUCUGAGGGGGCUGGGAAACGUUUGAGUAAAGAGUUUGAUAUACCGCUUUGGGGAGAGGUUCCCUUGGAUCCUGUAUUGAUGAAAGCGUGCGAGGAAGGUGUUCCUUUAACCGAUAAAGUUGAUUGUGUGAGCCCAACCACAGAGGUGCUAUAUUCAGUCGCUGCAAAGCUUGUUGCGUCCCUAAAUAUGGAGUAA